AAUUGGCAUUGCAAGAUUUUGAUUUAUUUAUUAUAUAAAUAUUAUUCAUAGUAUCCCAUUCUUUGUUUGCUAACUAUAUAUAUAUUAAUUAAUUUUUUUUGCAAUACUAAUCAGAUUUGCAGUUGUUUCUAGUUGAUAAUAAUGUGGUGUUGGGGUGCCAACUCGCACGGCCAGCUUGGUAUUAAUGUGACCAGUGAACAAGUAGAAAAACCUAUUAAGGUGGCAAGAGAAUGUGACUGUGCUACCAAAAAAAUUGCUUGUGGAGGUGGACACUCAUUACUUUUGGAUACUGAUGGAAAACUGUUCUCAUGUGGAUGGAAUUCCCGAAAGCAAUUAGGUUAUGAAAAAGAAUCGAGCACAUUUCAGCGUGUUUGGCCUCUAAGUGGUAUUAACUUCACCAAUAUAGCUUGCGGUUGGGAUUUCAGUUGUGGCGUUACAGAUGAUAAUUUUUUGUUUGUAUGGGGCUCAAACAGUCAUGGUCAGCUAGGUUUACCAAAAAAUCACUUCCCCGAAGAAGUUAAUCCAACUAGAUUACAUGUUAAUGCAUGCUCUGUGUCUAUGGGGUUAAGGCAUACAGCAAUUUUAAAUUCAAAAGGUGAGGUGUGGAUAACAGGUUGCGGCAGGCAUGGUCAACUUGGCUUAGGUCACGAUGUCCUGCAAAGUGAUAGAUUUAAAAGAGUACCAUCUUUAACCAAUAUAUCGCAUGUAGCAUGUGGACAGAACCAUACAGUAGCAUGGUCUAAUGAAGAGAAGGCACUGUAUGUGUGGGGUGACAAUAGACAUCAACAGUUACUAUUGAUGACUGAUAAAUAUAAACACAUUUUCAAACCAGAAAAAAUUGACAUUGAUGUAAAGCAAAACGUGAGAAAGCUAAUAAGCGGCUGGACUCACUUUCUACUUUGGCUUCAAGAUGGUUCCUUAUUGACAUGGGGAAAAAAUAAUUGUGGCCAACUGGGGAAUACAAAUUAUCAUUCAGGAAAGAUUUUUAACGUAACUUUACCAGGCAAUAGGAUUGUAGAAGACAUAGCUAUUGGUUCAGAGCACACAUUAUGUUUAGCAGAUGACAACACACUCUGGGCUUGGGGCUGGAAUGAGCAUGCUAAUACUGGUACAGACAUAAAAGAAAAUUAUGUAUAUGUCCCUUCUAGAGUAGUGUUAGAGGAGCCAACAAAAAUCUUAAAAAUCUAUGCAGGGGGUGCCCAUAAUUUUAUUAUUACUGAUGCUAGCAUUAAAUAUGCCAAUAACCCUCCAGAAAGUAAUGAGAAAAACUGAAUUUUACAAACUCAUUAUACAAUCUUAUUUAUGAAGAAUCAAAUAUCCUACCAUUCUAUUUCUAGGUAGCUCUAGAAGGAAUAUCCAGCAUCAUAAUCAAUCAAUCAUAAUUAAUUUAAAUAUUUGAUACAUUCCAUAUAUAGAUCAUCAGGAAAGAAAAGAUUGGUUGAGAUUUAAUGGAUAUUGCCUAGUAAAGAAAUGAUGUACAACAGUUUGGUAAUAUUCUCUUUAGUAAGGAGAAAAAACAUAAUUUGUUAAAUUUGCAUCAUGUUGAAAUAAUUUUGGGAUAGGAAUACAAAGUAUGAUAAAAAGUGCAGUGAUUUUUAUUGAAAUAAAGUUAUUUAUACAACAAUACUGUUUCCAAUACAUUUUUUAUUAUUUUAAAUCAGGCUUUUUAUUUGAAUUUGAAUAACAUUCAACAAACAAUAGCU